GCCACACAGUCUAUCAGACGGUAUCUCUGCACCGUACAGAACAUACUAACCAAAACAGUAUGGCCAGCAUUGAGUAUGCGAGCAAAUGGCAGAACUUUUGACCGCUUUUACAUUGUUCAAAAAAAUAUUAACUCGAGACGUUCCUAGCCAAUACGACCACGAAUCACCGGGACAAGCGACGUAGCUAGCGCUUGAACACUCCUGCCGUCAACACAAUCUCAACGGCGGCAACACAGUCGCAAUGUCGUUCAGAGGAGCGCCCCGAGGCCGUGGUGGCGGCGGCUUUGGCCGUGGAGGACGUGGCGGAUUCCAGCAGCGCGAUACCGGCCCUCCGGCCACCGUCCUUGAGAUGGGCAAGUUCGUCCACGCCUGCGAAGGGGAGAUGGUGGUUGAGUCAACCAACCCCAAGAUCCCCCACUUCAAUGCACCGAUCUACCUGGAGAACAAGACAACUAUCGGCAAAGUCGACGAAAUCCUCGGGCCGAUAAACCAAGUCUACUUCACCAUCAAGCCCUCCGAGGGCAUCCAGGCGACGUCAUUCAAGUACGGCGACAAGUUCUAUAUUGCGGGUGAGAAGUUGCUGCCUCUCGAGAGGUUCCUUCCCAAGCCGAAGCCUGCUCCUGGCACUGUCAACAAGGUCAAGAAGCCCUCCCGGGGUGGUGGAGCCCGGGGUGGGCGCGGAGGCCCCGGCGGUGGUUUCUCGCGCGGAGGCAGGGGCGGUGGUAGAGGGGGUCCAGGCGGGUCAAGAGGUGGCUUUGGAGGCGGUUUCGGCGGUGGCCGCGGAGGUGCACCGCGGGGUGGAAGGGGCGGUUUCUCACGAGGCGGCAGAGGUGGUGGCCGCGGCAGGUAGAGCCUUCGCUCUCAUUUCAAGGCUUUUCCCUGUAUGGGGGACAGUUUUUGAGCUCUGUAUCGUUUAUGGAAGUCGGAGCGGUGCCGAUCAAGCACGUGGCUGAGCAUUUGAGGUGCUACAAGGUCCGCUUGGCGGUUGUCUUCGGGGUUUGGACUUGGCUAC